GGCGUUCUUUGGCACCUCAGCGCGUUCCGCGGCGCAGCCUCAUGGUGUUUCUGUGGGGUUUGUUGUGAACUCGCGGAGCCCUUGUAUGACCUCCGGGCUGGGAGGAGGGAACCUUGUUCUGGCCCCUGCUGUGGCCCUGCCUCGCUGCGGAAACCUGGCAAGUCCUCUGCCUGACGUAGCCUCAGCCUCCCCGGCUGAUAAGUUUGCUAACCUCCUUCCGGCUCUUAAGGACGCUUGGAUCCCGGAGGCGUGGCCUGAGGGGGCGGAGCCUAUGGGCGUCUUGGAGAUGGCUCCUGGCAACGUCGGCAGUGGGCCUCCAGAGGUCUUCGCGGAAGGGAAUUUAUGACAAACUCCAGAGAGGAUGCUCUGGGGCUUGACCCGGCUCCAUCACAGCCUAUCCCAAAGCCAUGGGUGUUUCCAGUCCCAAAGGGAACCCUACACCGCAUCUUUGGGAGCAGCCAGGUGUUCCAGAACUUGGAUGAUGUAAAACCGAAGGUCACAGGAUUAACAGUGCCCCUCAAAGUCAGGGAGUACUACCACCAAGGCCUGCAGUGCUUGGAGAAAGAGGACUGGGAGAUGGCUGUAUUGUUCUUUUCCCGUGCCCUCCACCUGGACUCCCAGCUGGUAGACUUCUAUGCUUUACGAGCUGAGGCCUACAUCCAACUCUGUGACUUCUCUUCGGCCGCCCAGAACCUACGAAGGGCCUACUCCUUCCAGCCAGAAAACACCAAGUACCUGGAGCGGCUUACCUUGGUCCUUUACCUGCAGGGCCAGUGCCUGUUUGAGCAACUUGCCUUCCGGGAAGCCCUGAAAGUCUUCUUGCAAGCCUCUGCGCUCCAGCCGGAGAAAGCCAGUUUCCGUUACCGAUGCAUGGCCUGUCUCCUGGCCCUCGAACAGCAUCAGGACUGCCUCUCGCUCGUCACCAAGGAGGUGAAGCUUGGCACGACCAAUGCCGAUGUCUUCAUCCUCCGAGCCAGGCUCUACAACUUCUUCCAGAAGCCCAGCCUCUGCUAUCGAGACCUGCACAGCGCCUUGCUGUUGGAUCCCAAGCACCCACAGGCCAAGGCGCUGCUCCAGACGAUGGUGGACCAAGCCCAGCAGGCGCGUCAGGAUGCUGGGAUCCUAGCCGUGCAGGGCAAGCUACAGCAUGCUCUGCAGUGCAUCCGCUGUGCCAUUGAGAACAACCCUCUGGACCCUAGCCUCUUCCUUUUCCGGGGCACCGUGCACCGCCGGCUCCAGGAGUUUGACGCCGCCGUGGAGGACUUCCUGAAGGCGCUGGACAUGCUGAGCGAGAGCCAGGAGGGCAUGGUGCGGCAGGCUCAGCGGCAGCUGCUGCUGACCUACAACGACUUCGCCGUGCACUGCUACCUGCAGGGCGCCUACCAGGAGGCCGUGCUGCUGCUCAACAAGGCCCUCAAGGACGAGCAGCAGGAGAAGGGCCUCUACAUCAACCGGGGCGAUUGCUUCUUCCAGCUGGGCAACCUGACCUUUGCGGAGGCGGACUACCAGCAGGCGCUGGCGCUGAGCCCGCGGGACGAGGGCGCCAACCUGCGCAUGGGCCUGCUGCAGGAGAAGAUGGGCUUCUGCGAGCAGAGGAGCAGGCAGUUCAAUAAGGCGGAGAGCCACUUCUCAAUGGCCAUUCGGCACAACCCCCAGAAGGCCGUGUACUACCUGCACCGUGCCAGGACCCGGCAGCUCCUGCAGAACAUUCUAGGGGCCCGCCUGGAUGUUGCUACCGUCUUGCUUCUCAACCCCAAGCAACCCAAGCUGCUCCCACUGAUGGCCAGCCUCUUCCCGGGCAUGCCGGUGGAGGAGGUGCUCUGCAGCCAGGUGGCCCACCUGGCCAGGCUGCAGUUGGAUCGGGUGUUGGAGAGCAGCCUGCAGGCUGGCAUCCCUCAAGGCAUUGUGGGGCAACUCAGGGAGCGGGAACGAGUGCGCCAGAAGGCGCGGGCCUUGCACUUCCAGUGGCAGCCUUUGUUUGGGAUCUCUGAAGAGCUCCAGGCCACUCCCCAGACCCUUAAGGGAGAACCAGCAGGUCCGGAUGAAGCUGAGGCCCUCCAGGAGGAGGAAAAGGAGGAGAAGUGGGAGCCUGCACCCAGCAGGGUGAGGUCCCUGUCCAACAGCUACCUCGAGCAGACCUCUUCAGGCUCCAUCUUGGGCUUCAGGACCAUGUCCACCUCAGAGACAGAGACGUCCACUAUGUGCCAGGAAUACAAAAGCACCUCAGCCACUGCUGUGACAUCCUCCGACUCCUCACUGCUGAAGACUCAAUCCUCAGACCUGUUGGAGAACAACAGAGAAGACCUAAGCUUGAGCCACAGCCCCAGAAAAACCAAGGCUGCCCAGGGCCAGAGCCAGAGCCCCAGCAGGACCAAAGCCACCCAGGGCCAGAGCCAGAGCCCCAGCAGGACCAAAGCCACCCAGGACCAGAGCCGGAGGCCCGGCAAGACAGAGGCCACCCAGGGCCAGAGCCGGAGGCCCAGUAAGACGGAGGCUGCUCAGGGCCAGAGCCGGGGGCCCAGUAAGACGGAGGCCGCCCAGGGUCAGAGCCGGAGUUCCAGCAAGACAGAGGCCACCCAAGGCCCAAGACAAAAGCCUAACAAGACCAAGGCCACUCAGGGCCCAAGGCAGAGGCUUAGAAAGAUCAAGGCUGCCCAUGGCCAGAGCUGGGGACCCAGUAAGGCUGCCACCCAUGGCUGGGGUGGGGGACUGAUCCGAAGUUCUAGCAAGACCAAGGAUUUCUAUGAUCCAAGUUGGAGCCCCAGCAACACUGAGGCCACUCAGGACCAAUGCCAAAGGUCCAGCAAGACCAUGGGUGCCGAGAGCUGGAGGCAGGACACAAGCCCAGGUUCCAGCAAGACCGAGGUCACCUGGGUAUCGAGCCCAAAUCUCAGAAAGCCCCCGACCACCUAGGGCCUGAGCCAGAACCCCAGAAAAAUAAAGGUUGG